UAAGAUAUCCACCAUUGGGAUUGUCACCUUCUCACAUGUUUCUCCGAUGACCUUAUCAAAUAGUUCUUGAAGCCAGUUUGCUUCUUUAGAUGCUUUAGUGACAGCCAUAAACUCCUCCUUACACAAAAAAAUGUCACCGUCUCUUUCUUUGUGUUUCUUACGGCUCUGUUCUCUCUUAUGCUUGCGUAUUGUUUUUUUUUUCUUUCUUUUGCUUCGUCGCUCUUCCUUUAAUUUUAAGUCAUCGCCGACUUGGAUACAGAGAAUACCAUAAGCUUAAUUUGAAUGGGCCAGGAAAUGUGAUUAAAGCCCAUAACUUCACAAUCUCCGCCAUGGGCUUUUGUCAACUUCAACAAGUCCAGCCCAUGAACCUUUCUUCCUCUCUUUUUUCUCCAACGAUGGAGACGAUCUGACGAGACUCUUCUACUCCAAUUCUGAAAAAUUGAACGCUAUUCCGACGACGACAACUCCGGUCACCUCCAUGUUCGCCGGAGACUUCUCCGACUCUACACCCAACACCUAAGAAUCCUCUAAGGCUUCUCUUUACCCGACGAAGCCGCCGUUUUUCUCUUCCUCCAUGGCAAAACCGAAUACCGAUCGCUGCAACUCCGUUUUUCAGAAUUUUGAUUCUUCAUUUCACAGCUUCUCGGAUGAACAAACGUGUGUUCUUCUUCUUCUUUGAUGAGCUUUAGUAACCUUUGAAACAGUGAUCAUCUCCUUCACACUUUAUCACUUACGAUUUCAUAAACCCGUGAAAUCAUGUCUUUGAUUUCAUAAAACCGAUCACUCUCCUUCACGGCUCCAAAAACUCCUCUAGGUAACUCCAUGAACCCAUUAAAAUGGUGCCUGCGGUGUAUACGACACGUUAUCUUCUUCUUUGCUAGUGAAAUCAGAUGCAAUUUCUACCACAAAUCCUUGUAUCUCCGGUGAUUCCUCUAUCACCAUUACCCUCUGUAAUCUCAGCUUCUCCGUUGAAUCACCAUCCGUGUUCUUUUGCUGCUCCGAUAAAUGCAGAAACUCCACCUGAAGCUUGAAUUUCCUUCUCAUAGCUUCAGAACUCCACAUGUCAUUGACUUACCGGAGUUACCUGGAGCUGCUUCUUCAAUUAGUGGAUAUUAAGAAGCUCACAGCCACGCUGGAACUUCAUACUAGGUGCAUGCAAACAAGAAGCCACAAGCCCACUGAUUUGCGUAACCUGCAAAACAAGGAGUUAGCACAGCUUGAACACGAAAACCGCAAAGCAAGAGCCCAGAUCAAUGCUAUGGCUGACGGAGAAGAAUCAGAGGUUCGUCAAAAUCCUCAAGUUGCUAUUGUUCAACAGUAACAGAGGCAGGACCAGCAGGUGCGAAACGAAGUUGAACCAAAUCCACCAGCAAGGCAAACCACCUUGAGGGACGAGGAUGCUCACAAUAGGCUGUUUGCGAAUCGAUCUGCGAUUCAACCACCAGCACCUGCGAGGCAAGACUAUGAGAUAAAACAUAGUCUAAUCAAUCUAGUUCUGAAUCGUGUGUUUAACGGUCUGCCGUCAGAUAGUCCUCUAGACCACAUCGAGGCUUUUGAAAGACUGACUAGUACGAUGAGGUCCAAUGGUGUCCCUUACGACUACCUCAUGUUGACAUUGUUCCAGUUUUCUUUGGCGGAUAAGGCACUGAGAUGGCUGAAUCUUCUGGAUCCUGGAUCGAUCACCACUUGGGCACAAUGUAGAGCAGCUUUCCUGAAUCACUUCUACACCAAACUGCAAAGCAAAAUCACUACAUUCUCUCAAGGAGGCAUGGAGACAUUUUGCGAGGCAUGGGAGAGGUUCAAGGAAUAUCUGAGAGACUGUCCUCACCAUGGUUACACCCAAGAGAACCUGAUGAACAUUUUUUAAGGGGGUAUCGAACAGAAAUACCAGAUGGCGUUAGACACAGCUAGCAGAGGAGAUUUCUCCACCAACACCACAAAUGAGGCCAAUGCACUGAUAGAAAAUCUUGCGGUAAGCAAUAGCAACCAUGGCACAGACUACAAUCGUACGGUGCGGGUCAAUGCUGUCGAAACUGAUGCUAUUAAGGACCUCACAGCCAAGGUGAAUCUCCUACUGAAAAGGAAUCACUAAAAUGUUAACUUGUGCGAGGAACAAGUCGGGGGUAUGCAAAUUUCGGAGCUGAGACAUACCUUGAGGGUACGGAGGAGAUGAACUACAUAGGAGGACAAGGAAAGUUUUAGAAUCGAGGCUUUAACCAGAAUUUUAGAAAUCAUCCUAACCUGUCCUAUAGAAGUAACAAUGUUGACAAUCCUCAGGAUCAGGUCUAUCCACCGCAACCUCAGCACAUCAAUUUUGCACAGGGCUUCCAAAACAAGGGGACAUGUUUUGGAGGAUCGAAUUUCCAGCAGAAACCUCAAGUCAACAACUUCUCACAAGGUUAUCAAGCACCUCCACCGCAAGCCGUAGCCCCGCAAGAAAGCAAAUUAGAACAAAUGAUGCAUGUCUUGACGGAAAAUCAAAAGAAAAACAUCACUGAGGUGAAUGUCAAGAUCGACAGCAUGUAUUCAGAGCUGAAUGGAAGGAUAGAAUCAUUAAACACUCACAUGAGAGUGUUAGAGAACCAAGUGGCACAAUCUGCAGCGAGAGUCAAGGCACCUCCAGGAACACUUCCUGGGAAAAACGAGGCUAAUCUAAAAGAAUUCUUGAAUGUCAUCACCCUUCAAAGCGGCAGGGAACUGAAAGAACCACAGCAGAAAGAAGGGACUGAUCGAUCCAAUAACAAGACCGGCCAAUCCACGAUAGAAGAACAGAAAAGCAACUCUGAUGAGGUUCCUAACAAAGCUACUGAUGGCAUUGAAAUCUUUGGUACAAUUAAUGCUGAGGGAGGACAACCCUGCAAACCUCAGUCGCAAUAUGUACCCAAGCUUUCUUUUCCCACACGUUGUAAGUCAAAGAUACAAGAGCGAGAGUACGCAAAGCUGAAAUCAGUGGUAGGAGAGCUUCAAGUCACACUCCCUUUCAUUGAGGCAGUCCGGAGGGUUCCAUCUCUUAAGAAGUAUAUGAAGGAGAUCCUCACCGAUAAGCUCAGUUUGGAGAAAGAAGUAAUGUAUCUCACGCAGGAAUGCAGCUCAAUGCUCCAUAAUCGAAUGCUAGAAAAUUAUGGAGAUCCAGGACCGUUUACUGUGCCUUGCACAAUAGGAGAUCUUAAGUUCAACAACUGCCUCUGCGACUCAGGGGCAAGUGUGAGCCUGAUGCCACUCAGCGUUGCAACACGACUUGGUCUAUACACCUUCAAGCAGACCCAAGUCACCUUAGUCCUCGCUGAUCGCUCUACCCGAUGUCCAGAAGGGGUAUUGGAGAACCUACCAGUUCAAAUUGGGAACUGCUACAUACCCACUGACUUCAUCGUUUUGAAACUCGACGAGGAAUCCCAAGAACCCAUUCUACUUGGAAGACCUUUCUUGGCCACGGCUGGUGCAAUGAUAAACGUCCAAGAGGGAAAAAUUGAUUUGCACAUGGAUGAUUUGGUUUUGAGAUUCAACCUGGAGAAAGUGGCUAAGAAACCUACAAUCGAUGGCCAAACCUUCUAGAUUGACACCAUAGGAGAAAUAGCUGAUGAGAUCUAUGAGGAAGUAUGUUCGAGUGAUCACCUGGCCGUGGCAUUAACAAAGAAGGAACUAGAGUUGGGAUACUUGUAUGAAGAGACUGUGAGGAUGGCAGAAAGACUCGAUGAUGCAGCAAAUUCGGAAUGCGAAAUCCUUUUUAUCAAUUUGCAAACUGGACUGACCGAUCCUGAUAUCAGAUUGACCAAUCUGGCUCUCUCUGCGGAAAUCACAAACAAACGUAGUGGAACGACCAUUCCUAUUUCUGGAUCAGUUGAUCCCGAACUCUGCUCUGAGGCCACAGAUAACCAGGAGAACUGGAGCGACUUCAAGGCUCCGAAAUUGGAUUUAAAGCCACUCCCAGAAGGGCUCAUGUAUGCUUAUCUUGGACCAAACUCCACAUAUCUAGUAAUUAUUUACUCUAGCCUGAAUAAUGUUCAGACCGUACUCUUGCUCUGCGAGUUGAGAAAAUAUAGGAAGACAUUGGGCUAUUCCUUGGAUGUCAUUUAGGUAUUUCACCGGAGUUAUGCUCUCACCGCAUCCACCUUGAAGAUCCUUCGAAAUCUUCUAUAGAACACCAAUGAAGGCUAAAUCCAAACCUCAAGGAAGUGGUGAAAUAGGAGAUUCUGAAAUUGUUGGGAGCUGGAGUUAUUUUUCCAAUCUCCGAUAGCACCUGGGUGAGUCCGGUCCAUGUGGUACCAAAGAAAGGAGGGGUGACAGUAGUCGCAAAUGAAAAAAUGAGUUGAUCUCCACCAGAACAGUAACAGGACAUCGAAUGUGCAUCGACUACCGCAAGCUCAAUGCAGCCACCAUGAAGGAUCACUUCCCCCUUCCAUUCAUUGACCAAAUGCUUGAGCCUUUAGCGAAUCACCCCUAUUACUGCUUCCUAGAUGGUUACUCUGGCUUCUUUCAAAUUCCGAUCCACCCGGAUGAUCAGGAGAAAAUGACUUUCACUUGCCCUUACGGCACAUUCGCUGGCACAUUCGCUUACCGACGAAUGCCUUUUGGGUUAUGCAAUGCCCUAGCUACCUUCCAACGUUGCAUGAUGUCGAUCUUCUCUGACUUGAUAGAGGAUAUUAUGGAGGUAUUUAUGGAUGAUUUUUCGGUUUAUGGCUCAUCCUUCUCUUCGUGUUUGUCUAACCUGUGCAAAGUUCUUCAAUGCUGUGUGGACAAACACCUUGUUCUUAAUUGGGAAAAAUGCCAUUUCAUGGUCUCCGAUGGGAUUGUCCUUGGUCAUCAAAUUUCUGAGAAGGGGAUAGAGGUUGAUAAGGCCAAGAUCGAGGUGAUGUCCAGUCUGCAACUGCCUAAAACCGUAAAAGAUAUACACAGCUUCCUUGGACAUGCUGGAUUUUAUCGACGGUUCAUAAAGGAUUUCUCCAAAAUAGCUAGACCAC